AUGGCACUGCCGGACAAAGCCGCCCUCGUGGGCCUUGCAAACGCACUUUCAGAACAGGUAAAGCGUUAUCUGGCCAUUGCGGAUGAAACGGACCUUCCAAAUGGCCAUAAACACUGCAUUGAGGGCGCGAACAAUCCCUCCUCCGCCGAACACGCCCAGGCCUGGGAGAUCGUGCGCACCUGCGACCGUAUUGGCUCCUUGAUUCAUGGCCCAGUCCCCUGGCUCCUCAGCAACGCGCUGUCCCAUCUUGACAGCGCCUGUCUAGCUGCUGCCACCCAGCUCAACCUACAGGAUGUCAUUGUGGACGGAGCUAGUCCCACAUCACUCGACACAAUCGUCGCCGCAACCGGUGUCUCCAAGGACCUACUACGACGGAUACUUCGAGGAUGUGCCCAGCGCUUCAUCUUCGAGGAGGUUGCCCCUGACCAAUACGCCCACACUGAUGCCUCAAAGAUGUUGAGGGUGAAGGGCAUUCAUGCCUUAGUGGGAUUCUCUUGUGACGAAGUGAUGCGUUCUGGUGCCUGCUUUUCCGACUUUUUGCAGCAGACGAAAGGCAAUCCUCCGAGCUGGAAUGUGCCUUCGCCUUUCUCAUUGGCAUUCGAUCCUGCCAAAGGGUUAUUUGACUAUUACAGCACGGUGGAUGAGGUUCGUGGCCGCCGCUUUGACCUCGGUAUGGGUGGCACCGAAGCUACAAAGCCGCUGGUAGAGGAGAUGUUUGAUUUCAGCAGUCUACCUGAGGGAAGUACCGUUGUCGAUGUCGGUGGCGGUCGAGGUCAUCUCAGCCGGCGGGUUUCGCAAAAGCAUCCCCACCUCAAGUUCAUUGUCCAGGACCUGCCUGCCGUCAUUCACGGAGUUGAGGACACUGAGAAAGUCACCAUGAUGGAGCAUGACAUUCGCCACCCGAACCCAGUGCGUGGCGCCGACGUCUACCUUCUCCGAUCUAUUCUCCAUGACUAUCCCGAUGCGGCAUGCGUGGAGAUUCUCUCUAACAUCGUCAGCGCCAUGGACCCGACCAAGUCGCGCAUCCUGUUGGACGAAAUGGUUGUGCCCGAUCUUUUGGCGCAGGAUUCGCAACGAUUCAUGAAUCAGAUCGACAUGACCGUUGUUCUGACAUUGAACGGUAAGGAAAGGUCGGCCAAGGAGUGGGAUUCGCUCAUUACGACGGUAGAUGGUAAGCUGGAGACGGAGAAGACGUGGUGGCGCAAAGGCGAGGAAGGGUCGCACUGGGGCGUCCAACAAUUGCGUCUGCACGGCAGCUUGGCAAACUAG